AUGCAACCACACCACGGUUCUCUCCAGGUGAGAGGGCGCGCAACGCGCAAACGCGUCAAUCGAAAAGCUGGAAGCGUUCAGCAAGACAGGGAGGCCUUACAGCUGGGCCUCUACUUGUCAUGGCUGCGCAAUGAACUGGACAGUGAAGCAGCAUGCCUGGAGAUGCCUUGGACGAUGCUGUUGCUCUUGACUUUUGCGGUUAUCGUUUACAUGCACACCCGACCUGAUUUUGUGGUGGUCGUUGAAGGGGCAUGGAAAUCAGCUAUAGAGGAAGGUGCCACCUUUGCUUGGUCGGGGAACUUCGGCCACAAGAAUGUGUACGACGUAAAUUCCCUGGCCGACUUCUGGUCUUGGCUUCGAUUGGGCUUCCUCCCGUUGUUGGUGCAGCAUUCCUGGGCUUGGUCUGAAGGCUUGGAUGAGGCCUAUAGGUCUGCCAAUCUGAGUGGGAACUUCUCCAGCAGCCUUCCAGACCGUCUGGACCUAGCCUAUGGCCUCUUCGCGGAUGAGCCCUGGGACAGUGCCCGGCUGCCUGUGCGGGAUGACUUCUUGAGCUACCAGAAAAUCGUGGCUGGCAUCCGAAUGCAGCAGGAAAGAGCAGUGGGAAGCUGGGAGGCCUGCCACAUCCCCUCCAGCAUGCCAGAAGAUCUCUGGAAAGACUGGUUGGGCAAGCCUUGUAUGCUGGCAGAUCAGUCCUACUUCCUCACCCCCGAAGUUCAUCAGUCCGAAACCUUCAAUGGCGAGCCCAUGCGCGUGGAGUGGUUUCUGACCAUGAAGCAGGCGCUGCAAGAGCUGCAGAUGAUGACCUUGGACAUGGAGGACGGUUGCUCUGACUUGGCCAGCAAGGCCACGCAGCCAGGCCGUCCCGAGGUCCCGGAUGAGUGCUGGUGCCAAAGCUGCCAGGAUGGUGCCCAGGGCCCCGCAGGCAGCUUGGCACCUGGACCAUGGCUGGACGAAUACACCCGCAGAGUUGAAGUGAGCACUGUGGCUUACAACCAAAACUAUGGCCUGGUGUCGCUGGUGUCGGUCAACUUCUUCAUCAACAAAGCAGGACAUGUGCACAAGCUCUUGGACGUGCAGUCAGCCCGAAUCGAUCCCUAUGUGGGUUACCUUCUCUCGGUCUUCAUCAUGGUUUCCUGCGACAUCCUUUGGUUGAUAGGGUUGCUGAAGCUUCUCCUGAAUGAGGUCCAGGACAUCGUAAACACCAUCACAGGCUCGCAACAAACAUGGUGGAAGGCUCUCCUUUUUGAGUACCUCGCUUUCUGGAACAUCGUGGACUGGCUGUCGUUGGCCUGUGCUUGGGCAGUGCUGGGGACGUACAUCCGUGCAGGCAUGGAGGUUGCCGCCACAUCCUCGCAGCUCGAGAACGUCCUGCAGCCAGAUGUCCAGAACCAAACCAGAGAGGAGCUUUCCGCCAGGAGUGACCUGGUCUUUCAAGCCACGGAAAGUUUGGUCAGUGCGGAAGCAGACUUCCGCAUCACACUGCUUUUCUUUCCCAUGCUAGUCAUGCUACGGCUCUUCAAAUCCUUCCACGCCCAGCCACGCCUCGCCAUCGUAACGAAGACGAUCAUCACUGCCAGCCAAGAUUUGCUGCACUUCUUUAUCGUCCUGCUCUCCGUUUACACUUGUAUGGCAGUUUUCGGCUACCUCUUAUUUGGACAAGAUGUUGAGGAUUUCUCGACUUGGGAUCGUGUAUGCAUCACAUGCUUUCGUGCACUGCUUGGAGAAUGGGACUGGGAGGAGAUGGAAACUGUGGGCCGGGUCUUAGCGGCGAUUUGGCUUUGGUGUUUCGUUGUGCUUGUAGUGCUGCUGCUGCUGAACAUGGUCCUGGCAAUACUGAUGGACGCUUACCAAGUCGUGAAGUCGAAGGCCUCCGUCAUGGUGACAGUUCCGCAGCAGAUCUCGGAGAUGCUGCGGCGCCGGCGCCUGAACCGAGAGAAGAAGACCGUACGGCUGGUGGAGAUCUGGUUUGCCUACCUGGAGCAGUUCCAGUCACACCGAGAAAUGUUCGAAAGCGAGGUCCUGGUGAGGCCCGAAGACUUGGUGAAGGUGGUGCCAGGUCUUCCACUGUCCCAAGCCAGAAGAACGCUGAGCAGUGCCCAGAGGGUCUGGAGGGAGACCAACGACGUGCACUAUGGCAUGGAGAACAUGCGCAUGCAGCUCAAGAUGUGCAAUGGAAGAGUCAAAAUUCUUCAGGAAGAGGUGUCUGCCAUUCGCGUGGCUGUGGAGGAAGCCCGGGAUGCUUCAGGAACGCUGCCAAGCCCGACUCAUCUAGGUCUCAAAGAAAGCACCUUGAGGAUCGUGGAUGUCUUGAAAGACACUGUCGGAGGCCUGCGAUCGCAGGUUCAUGGCGUUCUAGAGGAGGAAUGCAACAUCUACGAGUUGGGUCAUCGCCAACUUCAAGACGAUCAGCGUACCAUGAGAGUGAAGCUUGGCGGCACCACCAGAGCUGGGAAUCUCGGGAUUGACACAGUUCUCCGAAAUUUGAGGUGUGCGCAGGAUGCCAAGGCCGACAGGGUGCUUCGCAGCUCUGUGUCCUUGGCGGCUUGUGACGCAGGCGAAGUUAAGAGCGAUGCUCGAAAGAUUGGAGGCGGGCUUUGUGGAGAUCACCGAGGCUUCGUGGUUCUCGAAUUGUCUCGGCAGGGCCUGAGUGCUACGUUGGAGGAGCAUGCCACCAAGGAGCAGGUUCACUCUGUCUUUGGCUCCGCCGUGGCGACACGGGAUCCCCAACCGAGCCUGCUGGCCGGACUGCACCGCAGUCUGGCAAUGUGCUCUGAACCCACGAGGGGUCAGUCUCUGCAUGACGAAGUCCAGCCUCGGCUCUGUGGGCCCCCGCUCCAAUGCAUCCGUGCAGACGUCUUUCUGGUCCAGGCUGUGGUCUUUGAGACGCUGCUACUCUUCACUGCUCCGCAGGCUUUAGCUCAGUGUGCCUUUUGGCACGUCCUGAGCAUUUCCAAAGCAGAGGCUGUGACAGCGCGCAAGAAGUAUCGGGAGCCCGGUCCCGUCGACUCUGGCCUCUACCGCAGCGUGAAAGAGACAUGCAUCUCCUGGGACAAGCGCGUCCAUCGUGGAAACACCUACAGCAUGUACACGCAGAAUGCCAUCAAGGAGGCCAUCGAAGCUGCGCAACAGUCACAGGUUUCGCCUAAGGUUGCCAAGAAAAGGAGGCCCAAGGAGAAGUCCAUCUUUGACAUGCCCCUACCCGAACACGAGCGAGUGCCCGUCGACCUCACGAAGCACCUCAUAGCCAGCGAAGAGCCACUGCAGGUGGAGGUCGUCGAGUGCCAGACAGACGAGUUCUUGCCAGAACCGCCCCCGGAGCAGUACCAACCACAGAGGACUGGCAUUGAUGCCUCCACGCAGGUAGAGGACGGUGAGCUCUUCGACUUCGAUGCAGAAGUGGAGCCCAUCUUGGAUGUGCUCGUCAUGAAGACCCUGGAGCAAUCGGUCAUGGAAGUGGAGGAGGAGCACGAGCUCUCGGCCAUGACCAGCUUCAAGGGAGCCUGGUUCGAGAGGCAGAAGAGCAUGAUGGCGGCCUGGCAGGAGCAGGUCGAAGAGGAGUGGGUGCGGUGGCACCAGAAGGAGGCCGUGAUGGCAGCCCAGAGGGCUCAGAAGGAGCGCGAGGCUCGCGUGCUCCUCAAGAUCCAGGCCGUGAACGCCGCAAAGGGUCACCUGGCCAACCUGGUGCCCAAUGCGGUGGAAGAUCUCAAAGAGGUGGCCUUCCCAGACAGCCGCGGCCUGGCAAUUCAGAGGAACUUCAUGCAGGGCCUAUUCCAGCAGGUCCAGCAGGAGGUCUCGGCAAUCAAGCGUGCGCAGCAAGAGGUAGAUGAGAUCGUGGCCCAUGGUGUGGCAGCGCAGCAGGCCCAGUGGUCGGCCAGCCUGCAGGGGCAGAGGGAAAAGUUUGCGGGCAUGGAGAAGCUGCGGUUAGAGGAGCUGCAGAUUCGCCGCGGCAAAAUACGAAUCCUCAUCGAUGAUGGCAGCGGAAACCCCGUGCCUGUUGGGCCGAUCCAAUUGUCAUCGGCGGAUCCAGUGGAAGAGCUUCAAGCCCGAGUGUACGUGUGGCUUCAGCAGAAUGAGCCCAAAAUUGCAGCGGCGUGGCCUCACGGCGUUGUGCUGCGGCUCAGUGGAGAGCCUGUGCAGCAGACGAAGCAGCUCUUCGAGGCCAAGCCCGGGCAGAUCUCCAUGGGGCCGCAGGAGCCGCCGCCACCCCCAGAGGCCGAGGCAGACGAAGCGGCAGAGGGGGAGGAGGAGGAGCAGGUGGAGGCCGGACGUGAGUGUCCCGAGGUCACGUCAUCGGUGACACCGGGGGUCCUGCGGCCUGAUGCCAGCGCUCGGCAUAGGUUGCAGGUGAAGAAGGUGCAGAAUUUGUUCCAACGCUGCUUUGAUGUCAGCUGCUUCGUCCAGUGCUCCCGCAUUUCGCAGCAGUCAGAAGCCGAGAGCUUGCCAGGCGCAUCAGCGCCCUGGGUCGAGGAGGUUUGGCCCCUGUCGUGCCAGGACAUCAAAGAGGCCUGGGUGCGCGCCUUUAUGGACAUGUCGCUCAUGGUGGCCGGGGCCGGGCCAGUGCCUCGGAGACUUGGCAAGGCGAAGCUGAAGCUUCUGGCCUUCAGGCGUGUAACAAACACGAAGGGAGUGGGGGCUUGUCUUCGUGAUGCUGGGCUCGAGCAUCUUGCUUUCUCAUGUAUGCACUCCCUCAACCCUAGGCCCCAGGCCCUAGCAUGCCCUCCGCAAGUAGAGGACGGUUGCCCACACAAGAGCAAAAAAGUUUACAGCAUUGCACGUGCAGCAGCUGGAACGAUCCUCCCAGACUGUUGGCAUCCACGACGUCAAACCUUUGCCAGUGGCUGGGAUUUCGCCUGA